CUAGUGUGUAAGCCGAAAUGCGGAAGUAGAAGUGAAGCUAAGUGACAGGAGACUCGGUUGGAGCUCGACAGAGAUCAUGGUGCAGUUGCAUUUUACGAAAGACUCCGUGCCUGACAGUGUGAGCAGUGAUUUUCAGACAUUGAAUAAAUUCAAUGAGCAGCAAUUUCUGAGCCUGACUGAUUUAUUGUACCAGUUUCUGUUGGAACCUAAAGAGGGGGAGCGGUUUCUGGCCCAGCUGAGUGAAUUUGCAGGCGAGAAUGGCAUGGGUGCAGGUCCACUCAGAGCCCUAAUGAAGAGCAUUCUGCUGCUUCCACAUGGGGCCAUGAAGAACAACCUGUCAGCUGAGCAGGUAAAAGAGGACCUGCUUUCACUCGGGUUGACCGAAGACAAGGCCAGUCACUUCUCAGAACAGUGGAGAAUUCACUACCCAGUGUUGUCCAGACUCGCUGUUGCACAGACACUGAUGGUCAACCAGCUGGUGGAUAUGGAAUGGAAAUUUGGCGUUACUGUAGGAACGAGUGAACUACAGAAGGCUGGACACAUUUUCCUGCAGCUGAAGCUGGUGCUCCGGAAGGGCAACACAACAGAAAAUGUCUAUAUAGAACUCACUCUACCCCAGUUCUACAACUUCCUUCACGAAAUGGAAAGAGCUAAAGCCAAUAUGGACUGCUUCAGCUGAGGAUCAGUAUUCGUUCACACGUGACAUCACUAAUGAUGACAUGAUACAGUGUUCAUGAGAAAAUGAAUCAUAGAAAAUGAUUUAAUGUGUGUAAAGGCAUGAAUGAAUGUGUGUGUGUGUGUGUGUGUGUGUGUGUGAUUAAUGUAUGAAUAAUCUCUCUAUGCAGAGGUAAACUUUAGAUGCACUUUGAUUUGUUUGAUUCACUUGUUUGUUGUCUUUUAUACCAUGAAAUCUACUUAUGGAAUAAAACAAGUUGUGGACUAAUA